AUGGCGAGACAAAAGCGUCCUCCAGUCAGGCGGUCACGCCCCUCUGUCGCUGGCCCCGAUGCAAUCGACCCAGGCCCUAUAGUCUCAAGAUACAUGCUCGAAGAUCUGAACAAAGAAGGCUACAUCAACUAUCCCGUGGAGACGACAGUCACUGGACUCGAUCUCGCCUUCGGAUAUGGUGCAAUCAUAAGACAAGCGGAGGAGCAGAGGGGUCAUCACCAUCCUGGAGAGCCAUACCACAUCCAUCCAUGUCUACAACGCAGCCAAUGGAAAGCCAUGAACGAUGAUGAAGAUUGGGAAGCUAUCUUGCCGUCUAUUGAGUUGGCUUCGCGGUUCUUGGAUGAUCUUGCAAUCACCCCUUUCUUCGCUGGCUUGGCAGGCAACAAUGUCAGGAAGCUAGAUGAUCCUACACAUCAAAAGACUCACAAUUGGGUGUUUGCCCAGUGGGAAUACGAUGACACGGUUGGUAGGGAGAACAUUACUGCUACUUAA